AUGCCGAAGAAAAAUGGUGAUGUUUCUCGUAGAGCAUGGAACUUGUUACGUGCAGCAUUGUUAUGGGCAAGAAAAGGGGGAUUGUUUAAGAGACGUUUGAUGAUGGAACUACGUGUGCUUCCAAAAUUCAUCAGAAGUUUAGGUCACAAUACUCCACCAGACCAAAUUUAUUAUGGAGAGCGGGAGCUUUCCUUUGACAAGACACCCAUUUUCAAAGUGAAGAUGCAUCGUCUAGCUUCCAUGAGAUUUCUUAUUCCUUGCAUAGACCCGCCAGUUGACUUUGAUUAUGAUUUUGAUCUUGAUGAUGAUGAUGAAGAUGGAGAUGGUUACGAUUAUGGAAGAAAGAGUUACUUGGAAAAUGAAGAACAAGUAGUAGAAGAAGAGAAAAUUCCAUUAGAGGAACAAGGAAUUGAUCUGAGAGCGGAGGAGUUCAUAGCUAAGUUUUAUGAACAAAUCAAAAUGCAAAGACAGAUUUCAUAUUUGGAGUACAAUGAGAGCCUAAAUAAAACCACAACUUGA